CCGCGGGGCCCGGCGGUGGCGGGGGGACCGGGGGCGCGUCUCUCCUCCAUGUCGGUCCCGUCCUGCGGGAAAUAUGAUCAGCGCCCCUGACGUGGUGGCCUUCACCAGGGAGGAGGAGCUGGAGGAUGAUCUGUACCGCGAGCCGCCCCUGCCCGAGGAGUACUCGGUGCCGCUGUUCCCCUUCUCCGGCCAGGGUGCCAACCCCUGGGCCAAGGUCGCCGGCUCCAAGUUCACCCGGGACUUCAUCCUCAUCUCCGAGUUCUCGGAGCAAGUGGGGCCCCAGCCCCUCCUGACCAUCCCCGAUGACGCCAAAGUAUCGGGCACCUUCGAUCUCAAUUAUUUUUCCCUGCGGAUCAUGUCUGUGGAUUACCAGGCAUCCUUCGUGGGGCACCCUCCCGGCUCUGCCUACCCGAAGCUGAACUUUGUGGAGGAUUCCAAGGUGGUGUUGGGGGACUCCAAGGAAGGGGCCUUUGCCUACGUGCACCACUUGACCCUGUAUGACCUGGAAGCCAGGGGCUUUGUGAGGCCCUUCUGCAUGGCCUACAUUUCUGCUGACGAGCACAAAAUCAUGCAGCAGUUUCAGGAACUUUCCACCGAGUUCUCCAAAGCCUCCGAAUGCCUGAAGACGGGGAACCGGAAAGCUUUUGCCAACGAGCUGGAAAAGAAACUGAAAGAUCUUGACUACACCAGGACCGUCCUGCACAACGAGACUGAGCAGCAGAAGAAAGCCAACGACAAGGGGUACUACACAACCCAGGCCAUUGAGAAGGCCAACGAGCUGGCCAGCGUGGAAAAGUCGAUCAUAGAGCACCAAGACCUGCUGAGACAAAUCCGGUCGUAUCCCUACAGGAAGCUGAAGGACUCUGAAUUCCACGCCUACGAGCCAGAGUGUGCCCUGGACCGGGCGGAUGCGGGCAGCCAUGAUCAGGACCCGACUGCCUCUGAGCCUGGUGAGACUCACCUUUACACCCACGUGCCAUCCUACACCCCCAAACUCAUCAAAGCCAAGUCUGCCAAGUGCUUUGACAAGAAGCUGAAGACGCUGGAGGAGCUCUGUGAUGUUUAUUUUUUCACCCAAACCCUUGACCAGUUGCACCAUAUCGAGAGGACUUUUCGAGGGGAUGUUUGUUACCUCCUGACAGAGCAGAUCAGCCGGGCUCUCCUCAAGCAGCAGAGCGUCACCAACUUCCUCUUUGAGGAUGUGUCUUUCCUGGAUGAAAAACCUCCUGAAAAACAGUACAGAGGCUGCCAGGGGCUCGGCCAAGAUGCCAUGGAUGAAAAGUGUUUGGAAGAGUCCCUUGCUCCCAAAGUGGUCAUCAGCCUGGGCUCCUACAAAUCCAGCGUGGAGUGUGUGCCCAUCAAGAUGGAGCAGGAGAUGGAGGACUCUGAAGAACCCAAGAUGUCUGAGUCCGUGAUGUCUGAGCAGCAGGAGAACCUGGACUAUCUGGAUGCAGAUAUCAAAGGCAGCAUCAGCAGCGGGGAGAGCAUUGAGGUGCUGGGGACAGAGAAGUCGGGCUCUGGGCUGACCAAAUCAGAGAGCCAGGCCAGCCUGCCCGCCAUGGCCAGCCCCCAGGCCGGCCGCAGCAAGGUGGGCAGCCGGCGCACGGUCAGCGAGGACAGCAUCGAGGUGCUCAGCACGUGUCCCUCCGAGGCCCUCAUCCCAGAGGACUUCAAAGCCAGCUACCCAAGUGCCAUUAACGAGGAGCCCUACGCGGAUGAUGACGAGGGAGGCCUUCGCUUCACCCCCAGAGCCAACCCGGGCGCGCACGACGGGCAGGACGACAUCUCCAAGCAGGAGAGCUUAGUGCAGGUGGAUGCUGCCUGCUGCAUCGGGAAGGAGAGCCCCAGUUUCCUGGAGCCGCUGGCCGAGCAGCUGCGGCAGAGGCCGUGCGAGGAGGACGGCGUGGUGCGGAUCCCGCCGCAGCCCUACCGGGGCCCGGCCGAGCAGGGGCUGCGCGGGGGCUUCCCCUCCCACCAGGCCCUCCCGGCGGGGCUCCUGCCCUACGAGCCCGACUCGCGCCGCCUGACGGGCAGCAGGGAGGUGAGUAAGAGCAGCCUGGACGAGUGCUCGGACUCCACCAGCCUCAUCAGCAGCGCCGCCUCCACGUGCUCCGACAGGACCCCGUCCCCGGCGCAGCCGGCGUGCGCGGCGGCCGCGGACAGGCACAGGAAGAGGGCCGGGCAGAACGCGCUGCGCUUCAUCCGCCAGUACCCCUUUGCCCACCCCGCCAUCUACUCCCUGCUCAGCGGCAGGACCCUGGUGGUGCUGGGAGAGGACGAGGCCAUGGUCAAGAGGCUGGUGACGGCGCUCUCCAUCUUCGUGCCCAGCUGCGGUGGGUACGCCAAGCCCGUGAAGCACUGGGUCACCUCCGCUCUGCACCUGGUGGAUUUCCAGAAGUGGAAGUUGAUUGGACUGCAGAGGGCAGUGUCCCCUGGCGGGGUGAACGUGCUGCACGCCCUGAGCCGCUACAGCCGCUACCUGAGCAUCCUGGACGCCGACAGCAAGACCCUGCGGUGCCCCCUGUACAAGGGCAGCGUGGUGGCCAGGCUGGCCGACCACCGCACCCAGAUCAAGCGGGGCAGCACCUACUACAUGCACGUGCAGAGCAUCCUCACCCAGCUGUGCUCCAAAGCCUUCCUCUUCACCUUCUGCCACCAUUUGCACCUCCCCAUCAGCGAAAGGGAACCGGAGGAAUCCGUCGUGAGUCGCAGGAUGAACUUCCUAAAGCUUCAGCUGGGCCUUGCCAACGAGGAUGUCAAAAUCGUGCAGUACUUGGCCGAGCUGCUGAAGCUGCACUACAUUCAGGAACCGGGGCGGGGGGGGAACCCCCUGCUCAGAUUUGACUAUGUGCCCAGCUUUUUGUACAAAAUCUAGCCUUGCACAGGCCCUGUGCCCGCGUGCAGGGUCUGACAGAGCUCAUCCGUGCUUGGCAUUGCUGUCUGCAGCAGCUCUCACACGUGGGGAAGGGGCCCAGGUGUUGGUGUCUGCUCCACAGAAAUCUGGGGCUGUGGGAGUGGAUUUCUGGAUUUCUGGGUGUUCCCUGUAGCCAAAAGCAUAGGUGUUCCAUCACAUAAACCAUCAGGCACUCUGUACAUGUUAGAAGGGGCACUGUUAAAGUGGAUCACGGCAGCAUCCCGGGGGUUAUGGCAUGAGGGGAGGUGAUCUCGGGGAUCAGUACUGACCAGUGUGCAGCCCCCCACAUAGCACAGUGUCCUGCAUGCUUCUGCCAGAGCCCUGAGCACUGUCAGGCCCUUCCAUGGAGCCAGGGCUGUGACCAGAGGUAUAAAGGCCAUGUGAAGUUUUGUAUCCACCAGUGACUGUCAUGGGAGUGAAGCUCAGAGCCCCCUGGCAGGGCAGCAGCUCACAGGCCUGUGCACAGCCACAGUGGGUGCUGUCCCUUCCUGCACUGUGUUUCUGGGCACUUCCCAGGAUAGGUCAUCCCUGGGUGAGUGGGGGCACAGUGGAGGCACACGUGCUUCUCUCCAGAAAGGCUUUCCCAGCGUGGUUAAAAUCAGGAAGGUGGAAGCGGUCCCUAAGGCUGGUGAGCCCCGAGGCGCCGGCCGCUGCGAAUGUAGAGCACUGUGCCUUGUUCAUUUGUCACAGCCCAUCUGCUGGGUGUGCAGGGAGCCUGGGCAUCCUCCUCAGGCUGGAGGGAGCCUGGGCAUCCUCCUCAGGCCGCAGGGAGCCUGGGCAUCCUCCUCAGGCCGCAGGGAGCCUGGGCAUCCUCCUCAGGCUGCAGGGAGCCUUGGGAUCAUCCUCAGGCUGUAGGGGGACUGUGCAUCCUUAGGGACACUGGGAAUGCUCAGAGCGUGUGAGGUCGGGGGUGGCUUUUUAAAGGUUUAAAGGCAGGAGGGAACUGAAGGAGGGUGAGGGCCCUGUUUUUAGGUGCUUUUUGUGGUGGAGGAAUGAUGUGAUUCAGCUGGAGCCACGCUGUGAGACAGCAGGCUGUUAGCACAGGCUGGUGAGGUGCAAGUGCUCAGGAGAGAUCGGGGAUGAAUGUACUGGAUUCUGUGUUUUAUCCAUAAUAGUUUAUUUUAUUUUACUUAAUUUUAUUUUGUUGGGGAGUUGGCGUUUGUGCCUUGUGGUGAAACAGAGCUGGCAUUGCUGCCUGCUGCUCCUGGCUGAGCCAUUGUCAUGUCCUGACUACCUCUCCCAGGGCUCCUGGGUGGCUCUGGAUGGGGCACAACUGCUGCUCCCUGAGCCUGGGUACUGAGAACUUUUCCUUUCAAAGCUUCUGUGCCAUAAAGGAGGUACCACCAACAUGGUGGCACUCGCAGGUGGUUCCUGUCAGUGCCCCAAGCUUUGUGCCCAAGCACAGCACUUCCCUCUGGAGUCUCAUGGGUGAUCCUGGGCUGCUCUGCCCAGUGCCAUGGGCAGCAGCAGCUCCCACGGUACUCCCAAGUAAGAAAAGUCUUUCUAGGAAAACUAAUCUUGGUUUUAAUUCUUUUUAAUGCUGAUUACGGGGUGAGAGCAGCUGACAUCAUACAAGAGCUGAUCUGUUCUUAAGUUUGUUGGGUUUUUUUUAAACUUCUGUUUAUGGUGAUAAUGUGAGGCAGCUUUGGAGGUGAAUGUGAUAUUCCUUCUGAGCUUGGGAGGUUUCUGUGUACAGCCUGGGGUUCCCCAGCGUGGCUUAGACCCCACUGAGACUUGCUGUGAGACCUGCACUGCUCCAAAGCCCUGUCUGGAGGCAGGGAGGCUCCUGGGGGAGGCUGUCAUUUUGCACCAGCAUCAGUGCCUCAGGAUUGUGCCACCUCCUCCUCUCCCCUGGAAAGGCUCUCUGGGGUACAAACCAACAGGGCAGAAAGGUGUUUUUAAGGUUGUUGCUGUUUGUGGUGGCUCAGUCAAGUUGGCCUCAUGGUUCUGUCCAGAGGGAUCUCCAGGGUCAGGGGUUGUUGUGAUGGUGUUUUGAGGUUGUGGCUGGAAGCAGGGUGGUGUGGCCUUUGCUGAAGGUGAGCUUCUCACCUUUACAGUGUGUUCAAAGCCUUUUCCUGUCCUGCCUGUGCCCUCCUGUCUCAUGUGAGCUGAGUCUGCUGGUGAAAGGCUCUGUGUCCAUCCAAUUUUCUGCUUCCUGAGGUGCCUCAAGGUGCCCCGGAUUGAUUCAUGCACACCCAAACUUCCACACUAAGGCUGAGGUGACAUUCCCUGGGGGAGGAGGGAGAUGAGUAAUGCAGGUGACACCAGGCAGAUGAAAGCUCCCAGCAGCCUGCUCUGGAGCAGGGCUCAAACCAGGAGCUUGUUUCCUGCUGGGAAACCACCCAGUGCUGUUUGGGUUUGAGGUGGGAGGGAGGGAAGGACAGACAGACAGACUUUUUUCCUGCUGACUCACUCACACGUCUUCCUCCAGCACGGAGUGGGAGCGAUGAUUCGUGGUGGCUCAUUUUAGUCACAGUGGUUUCGACCUGUGGUGUUCAGCUGUGCUCAUAAAUUGAGAAAUAACUCACUUCUUACUCCCUCUGUCCAACCUGUAGUAUCUGAUACUCAAGGCUGUGUUGAGCAAUACUUGCACUGCCACCUGUCUGACCUGCUUCACCUCUCUGCCACCAAGCAGCUCUGACUGGGGAGGAUGCCCCAGGGGCUGGAACAUCUCUGAUUCCCAACAGGAGCUCUGGCAUUAUCUGCAACUGGGAGCUGUGGAGAAACACGCCCUGGAGUGCUUGUGCUCCUCUCAGCAGUGUAACCUCUGAACUUGGACUGGAAAAGGGGAGUGGACACCAGAUUGUGGCACCUCUGGGCGUUUGGAGCCCUCUCUGCUUGUGGUGGCAGAAACUGGAGGGAUUCUGAGGGCAGCUGGUGUCUGGGAGCUGAGUUCCUCUUUCCUCUGUAAUUUCUCUGUCUCUGUUCUGCUGUACAGUGCAGAUCCUGUAUUGGCACUUUAGGACUUCCCCCAUCUCUGGUGUGGCACCUCACCAGUUUCUGAUAUUCACAGACUAACAACAAACCACAGCCUUUGCACUGACAGCUCCUGCCAUGACGUGUGUGUUAUGUCUUGCCUGAGCCAUCCUUCCCCGAGGAGCAGGGGGGUCCUGGCAGUGGCAGUGCCACCCUCACCAGCCGUUCAGCUGCCAGAGCCAGCGGUGCCCUGCAUGGCCGUGUCCCCUGCUUCUGUGAGUGCUGCCACCCAGCAUGUCCCCACUCCCUCCUGCACGGCCCCGCUGGCUCCCCCGGCUGCCAGGGAGGGGAGGUGUUCACUGAUCAGAAUUCAUCAGAGCUGAAGCCUCUCCUGGCCAGGAGGGAGGGCUCCCGUUCCCCACUCCUGCUCUCCCCAGCUGCCAGCCCCUGCUCUGCUCCCCACUAACCCCCCUGCUUCCAGCUCCCAGCCCGGGAGGCUCAGCCAUAGCUGUAGGUGAUCUUAACCCUACAAAGGUUUCAUUUCUCAGAGAACAGUGCUCAGAUUUCCUCUCAUCUGAUAGCAAUCACUUCUGAGCAGCUCCACAGAGCUGCCUAUACUCUAGCAAUAUUCACCGUGGUGGGAGGGUGGGAGAGGUACUCCAGGGUGGGAGCUGAUGGCUCUGUGCCCCCAGGCCAGUUCUUUGGGUUUUAUUGAGUGUGAGGGUCCUGAGCCCCUGGUCUGGUGGUGGGGGCCAGCCCACCCUGCAGAUUGCAGGAGUUGGGCAGGACCCAGGGCUUGCAGCAGCACAGUGAGGAGGCUCCUGUAACAGGGUCUGAGGGAAUUCAGGGAGCUGCCCAGGCUGCAGGAGAACCCCUGCCCCAGAGCACAAUGUCAGAGCACCCAACUGCACCCCAGCAUUGGAGGGGUCACAAACGCCCAGCCCCUGCUCCCUGGGACGGAUUUCACUGGAAGGCAGCAGCAGGGUACCCGGUCCUGCCGGCAGCACGGCUGCUGCCACGGGGAUGGGGCUGGGCUUGCAGCUGCCUCUCAAGGCUGCCAGGAGGCUGUGAUGAAUUCUCAUCUUAUUUUCAAAGCACUGUAUCCUAUUCCUGCAUGUUGAGUUCCGUGUGUGUGCCUGUGCGUGCCGAAUGCUUGCGUCAGUAGUUAGGGCGAGUGUGACCGGGAGAAACCCAAGCAUGUCUUAGUGUCGUGCUGUAAGUGUCACUGCACAAGAGUUUAACUGAUGUUAACACCAAAUGACUAGUCUGAGAAAUGUACUUUUAAAAAAAAAUAUUUAUUUGGGUUCAGAUAUUUUUGAAAUACAAAAAAA